GGAGUGAAUUGGUGUAACAACAACAACAACUAGUAGUAGUUCAAAGUGAUGGGGAGGCAGCCCUGUUGUGACAAGUUAGGAGUGAAGAAGGGGCCUUGGACAGCUGAGGAGGACAAAAAAUUGGUCAAUUUUAUUCUCACUCACGGCCAAUGUUGCUGGCGGGCCGUCCCCAAGCUCGCUGGCCUCCGUCGCUGUGGCAAGAGUUGUCGACUCCGCUGGACCAAUUACCUCCGGCCGGACUUGAAACGAGGCCUCCUCAAUGAAGAUGAAGAGCAGCUUGUUAUUGAUCUGCAUGCUCGCCUUGGCAAUAGGUUACUAAAUUUCCUCUUUGACAUUUUCUCCGAUCAUUACCACUGGUGGUCCAAAAUUGCAGCAAGAUUGCCCGGAAGAACUGAUAACGAGAUCAAGAAUCACUGGAACACCCAUAUCAAGAAAAAGCUCAUUAAGAUGGGAAUUGAUCCUGUUACACAUGAGCCUCUACAGAAACCCGACACCCCACAAGGGGCAACCUGCAGCAGUCAAGCAAACGAUCAGACAAAUCUUGAUCCUAGUCAACUCGAGUUGCCAAAACAUUCUGGCCAUGUCUCUUCUACUACUGAUGAAUUUAGCCUUCCAACUGAGAAUUCCUCGACCGAUGAAUCGAGGUCAUCAUCAGAGUCUGGCAGUGAUGAUGACCUCUUGAUGAAUUUGACAUGGUCAGAGCCAUUUCUCAAUGACUUGCCAUGGAACUUUCCUGGCCCAGAUUCCAGGGAAGAAUAUAGUGAACUUGGGUUCUCUUUGUCCGAGGAAAUUUCCUUUUCACGGUUUUUGGACUACCAAAAUAUUGGAGAUGAUCAUCAAAGCUUCGGAUUUGGUGGUUUCAGUGGAAUUGGCAUGAAUUCCCUUGACAUGGCUGGCAAGUUUUAGCAUUCACCUACUAGAGAGUGCCUAUGUGCACUCAUGUAAAGCAAAAAACAAAAAAAAAAAAAGUAAAAUAGCCAACAAGGUAUUCGUGAAUGGACCUUUUAAGCUUAAUUUCCAGUUAAAUUAUUUAUCUUCAGUUAGGAUCUUAGAAUAACAAAGGGGAAAAAAAAUAAAGAGGCUCAAGAAUUAGUUGAAGCAAGUAAAUGGUACUCCUAAUUUAUCCUUUGUUUCACAUGUUUUUAAGAUCCAAAUAGAUAACUUCACUUAGCCAAUCCUGGCAAAGUGGGUGUGCUGUCACUUUGCUAGAAAAGUAAGGAUACUUUGUAAUCUCUCAACCCUUUUCUUUUUUCUUCAAUGGAUGUUGAUGAUGCGCCCUGGCAUUGGUCUUAUGGGUUUCUAAUUGCAUUAAAGAAUAGAAAGGGAUGUGCCACCAAAUGGUCACCCCACUUCCUUGGAGAGCUGUGUGGUUGAAGCUUUUUUAUGGUGAGUGCACAAACCAUUUUCUGUAAACAAACUAUAGUGAUAUCUGCUUUGUAACA